AUGCGAAGAAUCCCGAGAGAGGCCUGCCCAUUGGCAAAGUACCAGUUCCCGGAACAAUGCUACAAGAUGCACCCGGAUCUGCCGAAAUUUGACCCGAAUCAUAAUUACCUGCCACCAACCGCCGUGCCCGCCCGGUUGGCCCACAAGAAUCAAGAGGGGUUCGGAGAUGUGAUCCGCGAGCUGCGAGAGAAGCCGGCUGUCCCGAUUUACAACGGUCCGUACAAAACCAUCGAGCCGCUCGACCCAAAAUUUCGGCCCGAGCCACAGAAACCGCUGGAGCCGAAGCAAAUAGCUGAUCACCGCUGCUACGCGCCCGUCAGCAUUGAGAAUCCGUCGAAGAACCAGUGUUGGUCGAUGUGCCGUUACAAUGCUUCGCAUCUCUAUCGCUACCCGGAGAUUGAGCGACACGAGAGGGAAUGCCCGGAUCGCGAGAUCUUCUUCCGA